CAACCAAAGCUGUUGGGUCGCCAUAAAUUGACAUUUCUCAGACCAAAAUAACAUGUUAAACAGUUGGGUGGCCAUAAAUUACUACAAUUUCUUGUUUUUUCUUUAUAAAGAAACUUCCACCUAAUAUUAUGAGCACAUUGAAGUUUCUCAACUACUUUCUCAGUUCUAAGUCCACACCUCUUCAUUCUUUCUACUCUCCAUAUAUUCACUGUCGUUUUUCGUCUCCCAAAUAUCCCAGCUUCAUCUCCUCCCAAUCUCGUCUCUUCUCCUCCUCUACAAGUAGCAUAAGCUAUAUGGAGCUGGUCAAGGAAGUUGCCAACAAGGGACCUGAAUCACAGCAGAAUAUUGCCAUUAGAGCUGAUGAAAAGAGCUACAGCUACCUGCAGUUAAUAUCAUCUGCGAGGAGGAUUUCUAAUUUGUUAAGCAAGCUAGGUCUUAAAACUGACAAAGGGGUCAAAGAAAAUGAACAUCACAAUGCAGCAAGAGUAGGGAUUGUGGCCAAACCUUCUGCUGAGUUCGUUGCUGGAAUUCUAGGGACCUGGCUUAGUGGAGGUUGUGCAGUUCCUCUUGCUCUGAGCUACCCCGAGACUGAACUGUUACAUGUGAUGAAUGACUCAGACAUCUCCAUAAUUUUGAGCACUGAAGACCACCAAGAACUUAUGAACACGAUUGCAGCAAAAACUGUUGCUCGAUUAUCUCUCAUUCCUUUGAUUCCGGAUGUGCAUUCAUCAAAGGAGCACGACCAGUCAAAAGACAUGGUUUCCGAUGGUCAACAAAAUCUGCUAGAAAUCAAUUCCUAUGGUGAGAGCCCUGCUUUUAUCUUGUACACCAGCGGUACAACAGGGAAACCAAAGGGAGUUGUCCACACACACAAUGGAGUCAUAGCACAGGUCCAAAUGUUAGCUAACACAUGGGAAUACACGCCAGAUGAUCAAUUUCUGCACUGUCUACCACUCCAUCAUGUGCAUGGACUCUUCAAUGCUUUACUUGCCCCUCUUUAUGCAGGUUCCACGGUCGACUUCGUGCCAAAAUUCAGUGUGAGGGGAAUUUGGCAGAGAUGGCGUGAAUCAUAUCCUACAGAUGGGACUAAAAUGGAUAAUGCCAUCACAGUGUUUACUGGAGUUCCAACUAUGUAUGCACGAUUGAUACAAGGUUAUGAAGCAAUGGAUCCAGAAUUAAAAGCAGCUUCUGCUUCAGCAGCAAGGUGCUUGCGUCUUAUGAUGAGUGGAUCCUCUGCACUUCCUCUGCCCGUCAUGCAACAGUGGGAAACCAUUACUGGACAUCGCUUAUUGGAACGUUAUGGCAUGACUGAGUUUGUGAUGGCAAUCUCUAAUCCCAUAAGAGGCAAACGCAAAGGAGGUACUGUUGGCAAGCCAUUUCCGCGUGUGCAGGCCAAGAUUCUUUUGGAAGAUGAAAGUAGUAAUGAUAACACUGGAGUUGGGGAGCUCUGCAUUAAGAGCCCAUCAUUGUUCAAAGAAUACUGGAAAUUACCUGAGGUAACCAAGCAAUCAUUUACUGAUGAUGGAUAUUUCAAGACUGGAGAUACAGUUACAGUUGACGAAGACGGAUAUUACAUAAUUUUGGGACGUACCAAUGCUGAUAUUAUGAAGGUUGGUGGAUACAAAUUAUCAGCAUUGGAAAUUGAAGCAGUUCUGUUGGAGCAUUCAGCUAUAUCAGAGUGCUGUGUGUUAGGCUUGCCUGACAAAGACUAUGGCGAAGUGGUAUGUGCAAUAGUUGUGCCUGAGGCUGAAGUCAAAAGAAGACGAGAUGAGGAGCUAAAGCCUGCACUAAACUUGCAAGAACUUUCUGAUUGGGCGAAGGAGAAACUUGCCCCAUACAAGAUACCAACUCGUCUAUUUCUGUGGGAAUCUCUGCCUAGAAAUGCUAUGGGGAAGGUAAAUAAGAAAGAGCUGAAAAGGAAGCUGGCUGACGAUCCGAAAUGAUUUUAAAUUGGUCAGAAAGCAAGUAGAAGAUGGAGUAUCAGAAAGUAAAAUAAUGCUCUAAUAAGCUCUAUCAGAGGGGCUUCGUAUGCUCUGUAUAACAAAUAAGUUCUAGAAGAAUAUUACACCACACAGUGAUUGAAUUAUUUUCUGCUGGAAAGUACUGAAGUGAUUUUAUUUACCUUGGAGAAAAGAAAAUGCUGGGAUGUUUUAUUGGAUAAGCUGUUUUGUGUAUUGAAUUUAGAAAAAUUGUUAAGAGUUGGUACAUGGAUACUGUAUAAUGUAUAUUAAAAGAUAAGACUGGUGAAACAAAAGUGAAUUUGCCUUGUAAAA